CGUAUUGAUUACCAAAUGGCCCAAAUCCCAACCAUUUGUGGAAAAUUCGAGUUUGCCCCAACCGACUAUUCCAUUUAACUACCCACCCUUUUGUUUCCAUAUUUCUUUUCCAUCAAUUUUUCUUGUUUCUUGUUACAAGAUCCCCAUGGAUUGCAUCGAGUUAAGCUUAGAAUCCCCAUAUGAGCUUUUGCUUAAAGCUGCUUUCUUGAUACCUAUUUCUCAUUAUUUCUUGGGCUUCCUGUUUUUACUGUGUGUAUUCCUCUAUAAUUUCGUGGAGAUUCACUUCUUUCAAGAUUUAUUCACUGCGUUUAGGGGACAACCUGUUACUUUGACCUUUAACUCUAGCUGUGAGCUGUAUCAAGAGGUCGUUUCCAAAUGCAAAAUUCUUCAUGGCAGGUAUUUGUCUACUCCGUGGCUUUGCAGUCCUCAUAUUCAGACUGCCUUUUUACAGUUCUUUGGAAGGGCACCUGUUUGCAACUAUAGGAGACAGAUAUUUCACACGUCUGAUGGUGGGACAAUAGCUUUGGAUUGGCUAACGAAUGCGGAUGUUAAAAAGCCAGUUGUUGAACGUUUUGAUGGAGUUCACAGUGAUGAUAAAGGUCCCAUUAUGGUAGUGAUUCCUGGUUUAACAAGUGACUCUGAUUCUGCUUACAUAAAGCAUCUUGCUUUUAAGAUGGCUAAAAGUGGAUGGAAUGUCGUUGUGAGCAAUCAUCGGGGUCUCGGCGGAGUGUCAAUAACUUCUGAUUGCUUUUAUAAUGCUGGAUGGACGGAGGACGCUCGCAAAGUGAUUGACCAUCUUCACACGCAAUACCCUCAAGCUCCUUUAUUUGUUAUUGGGACCAGCAUUGGUGCUAAUGUUCUGGUAAAAUAUCUUGGUGAGGAAGGAGUUAAUACUGCAAUUGUUGGGGCAGCUGCUAUUUGUUCUCCUUGGGACCUUUUGAUUGGUGACAGGUUUAUUAAGCGCAGGCUUGUGCAGAGAUUCUAUGACAGAGCUCUUACAAUUGGAUUAAAAGAUUAUGCCAAGCUGCAUCAGACUACUUGGUCCCGUUUGGCAGAUUGGGAAGGCAUUGCUAAGUCACGUUCUAUCAGAGAUUUUGACCACCAUGCAACACGUGUUCUUGCUAAUCUUGAGACUGUUGAUACAUAUUACAGAAAAGCAAGCUGUACCAGUUAUAUAGGGAAUGUGAUGGUUCCCCUUCUCUGCAUUAGUAGCUUGGAUGAUCCAGUCUGUACAAGAGAAGCAAUUCCAUGGGAUGAAUGUCGGGCAAACAAAAAUAUCGUACUAGCUACCACGCACCAUGGUGGACACUUGGCAUAUUUUGAAGGGAUUACUGCAAAAAGUUCCUGGUGGGUUAGGGCUGUUGAAGAAUAUUUUCGUGCUUUGAAAUCCAGCUCAUUGAUCCAUCGAGAAAACGUAUGCAGAUUUAUGCAGAAUACCACAGUGGAUAGACCCCUGGAAUCAUCCAUUGAUCAGGCACCAUAUGUGAACGUCAGAGAAGACGGAAUGAUAACCGCAUUUAGCAAUGAGCCAUCAGGUGAAGUAGGAAGUCAGCAGAAUGAGCAAUUGGCUGAAGAUGACAAUGCUGGAGAUAGUGUUAGAGGUGUCAAUGCUACGGUGCAGCAAGAAACAAAUGCAACAACUCAGCUUGAUCCUGCUCCGAAAGCAGAUUUUGAUGCAAUGAUGGUUCCUGUUAAAAGAUGUCUUAAUCAGCUCUCUCAGCGUAGCAAGAUUUCAAUGUGGGUGCUUGCAUAUGCUGCAAUCAUAACCACAUUGCCAAUUCUCGGUUCAGCUUUACCACUGUUUUUCAAGAAAAAGCUGCGCAAUAUUUUCUCGCUAUCCUCUCCCAAAAGAUGAUGAUGUCAUGCCUGUGGCAGUGCCUAUGUUCUAUUCAUUGCUGUUGGAGAUACAUUUGUGUCAUACAAUUGCUGCAGAAGGGCGACAAGCUGAGCUCCAAAGUUGGUUAUGGAAAUUUGAAUUUCUUAUCUGUUGUCAAACUAGAUCUUUUGAGGCUGUACUAUUUCCUAUUACUUAGAAAAUAAUCAUAUAUCAUUAUAUAAGCUAAUUAUCAGAAAGAUAUCAUUGUUUCCUGAU